CUUUGGCUGAGGGGGAUGGAGCAGUGUGACAAGUGAGGGGUGCAGUGGGAACAAUUCGAAUUGCACUGAACCCAGCGCUUCAGAUGUGUCUGCAGCCUGAGGGAGCUCGCUAGCUAACUAACUGGCUGCGCUCUGAAGCCCACACCCUCACAAAUCAAUGUCUCAGUCAGUGGGGAAGCCUCCUCACACUCCAGUGCAAGGCUGAAGACAGUUGUUAAGUGGAAGUUCUGGAUAUGAGGAUAACCGGGCAAAUACCCAUAUCUGCACUUUUGUGGGUGCUUCUGUCAGUACAGGGAAAUGGAGAACAAUCACAGACUGUCUACUUCCUUCCCGAAUUUGCACUUUCUCCACAGGGGAGUUUUCUGGAAGACACAACAGGAGAGCAAGCCUUGACUUACCGCUAUGAUGAUCAGACGUCAAGAAUCACACGUUCAGAUGAAGACAAAGAUUCUGGCUGGGAUGCAUGGGGAUCUUGGAGUGACUGUUCAAGAACUUGUGGUGGGGGAGCCUCCUACUCUUUGAGACGGUGCUUAAAUGGCAGCUGUGGAACUAUCCUCCCCCAAGAGCAAUGGAGCCUGGGUCCAGAAGCAGAUGUACAUAGAUUCAUUACUUACAGUGGAGUCCAAGGGAAUCUGUUGGGGCGCUGUGAAGGGCGGAACAUUAGAUACAAAACCUGCAGCAAUGUGGAUUGCCCCCCUGAAGCGGGUGACUUCAGACAUCAGCAGUGCUCCGCGCAUAAUGAUGUGAAAUACCAAGGACAGUAUUAUGAGUGGAUUCCCCUCUACAAUGACCACGAAGCUCCAUGUGCACUGAAAUGUCGGGCCAGAGGGACCUCUUUGAUUGUGGAGUUAUCACCAAAAGUUCUGGAUGGUACCCGAUGUAACACUGAAUCCUUGAACAUGUGCAUCAGUGGAAUUUGCCAGGUGGUGGGCUGUGAUCGGCAACUUGGGAGUAAAGCCAAGGAAGACAACUGUGGAGUUUGUGCAGGCACUGGUUCAACAUGCAGACUUGUACGAGGACAGUCCAAGUCACACGUGUCUCCUGAAAAAUUGGAAGACACAGUGAUUGCAGUUCCAUAUGGGAGUCGCCACGUGAAAAUCACAGUGAAAGGGCCUGCUCAUCUUCAUAUACAAUCAAAAACGCUACAAGGACAUAAAGGAGACCACAAGCUAAAUGUUUCAGGAGCAUCAGUCAUUGAGAAUACAACCAUUGAGUUUCAGAAAAACUCUGAUAAAGAAGUUCUGAAGAUACAGGGCCCACUUGGUGCUGAUUUUAUUAUCAAGACCAGAUAUGUUUCUUCGAGGGACAGUAUAGUCCAGUUCAUGUUCUAUCAACCAAUCAGCCACCAAUGGAGAGAGACUGAUUUCUAUCCAUGCACUGCAACUUGUGGUGGAGGCUAUCAGCUUAGCUCUGCAGAGUGUGUGGACAUACGUUCAGGUCGUGUUGUUCCUGAGCAUUCCUGCAAUUACUAUCCGGAAAAUAAAAAGCCCAAGCCCAAACUACAGGAGUGCAAUAUGGAUGAUUGUCCAUCCAGUGAUGGCUUCAAGCAACUUGCAAUUUAUGAUCAUUUUCAGCCACUUCCUCGUUGGGAAAGCAACCCUUGGACUGCGUGUUCAGUUUUCUGUGGAGGUGGAAUACAAACUCGAAGUGUGCCUUGUGUCGAAGAGAACAUGUAUGGGGAAAUUAUUCCAGUGGAGGAAUGGAAGUGCAUGUAUGCCUUUAAACCAGUAAUGAUUCAGAACUGCAACCUUUUUGACUGCCCGAAAUGGAUUGCCAUGGAAUGGUCACCAUGCACUGUCACAUGUGGCCGGGGUCUGCGAUAUAGAGUUGUGCUGUGCAUAGACUACCGAGGGCAACACACUGGUGGAUGUAGCUCACAACUCAAACCUCACAUAAAGGAGGAGUGCACUGUGCCAAUUCCAUGUUAUAAAACAAAAGAAAAACUUCCUGUGGAAGCUAAAGUACCUUGGAUUAAGCAAGCACAGGAACUGCAGGAACCAAAAGCUGCAUCUGAGGAGCCAACAUUCAUUCCUGAGCCCUGGUCACAAUGCAGUACUUCUUGCGGAGUUGGUGCACAAGUACGGAUGGUCAGGUGCCGUGUCCUGCUUACAUUCUCCCAAACAGUGGAGGAGCUUCCCGAUGAGGAAUGUGAAGAAGAAAAGCCACCCACUCAGCGAACUUGUUUCUCUGCUCCAUGUGAAGGUGGUACUGCAACAUAUGAUUUGGAGGUGGCUUCCUAUGGUCGGGAUGACAAUGAGAUGGAAGAACAAUUUGACUGGGAAUAUGAAGGUUUCACCCCAUGCUCAGCUUCCUGUUUAAGAGGGAAACAGGAAACAAUAGUUGUGUGUCGAAACAAACAAACGCAGGAAAAUGUGGAUGACACUUUGUGUGACAAUUUCAAACGGCCUCCACACAUGGUCCGAACUUGUGGUACCGACCCUUGUCCUCCCAGCUGGGCCACAAGACCCUGGAAACAAUGCAGUGCCACUUGUGGAGUUGGCAUACAGACAAGAGAAGUUUACUGUAAACGUAUGGUGGCGCACACUACUGAGGACUCCAUCAAAGUUGCAGAUGAGGAGUGUUUUGAUCCAAAACCACCUGAAUUACAGGCCUGCAACCAGUUUAACUGCCCUCCAUCAUGGCAUACAGGAGAAUGGCAGCUGUGUUCACAAAUAUGUGGAAGAGGGGUGCAAUCUCGUAAAGUCAUGUGCAAACAACUUUUGACUGAUGGUAGUUUUCUUACUGUUGCUGAUGAGCUAUGCCUUGAUCACAAGCCACAGGUGCAGCAGCCUUGUGUGAACGCUGAUUGUCCACCACACCUAGCAUUAGGGAAAUGGUCCAAGUGCUCUGUAAGCUGUGGCGAAGGAAUCCAGAGCAGAGAAUGGGUCUGUCGUAAGCUGUCAACAACUGGCCAGCUAGUCACAGUGGACCGUAAUUUAUGCAAUGGCCUCUCCAAACCAUCGGUGAUCCAGGUCUGCAAAAUGCCUAAUUGUAAAGAGCUCAAAAAGAAUGCAAAAACAAAGAUGCCACAAAAGCAAGCUAUCCGUAACCCUCAAAUUCUCAGUGUGCACAGAGUCUAUAUUCAAACCAGACAAGAAAAGCGGAUUCACUUUACUAUAGGUGGUCGGGCCUAUUUGCUUCCAAAAACCUCAAUUGUGAUUAGGUGCCCUGUAAGGAGAUUCCAGAAAUCAUUGAUAAGAUGGGAAAAAGAUGGAUACCGUCUACAAAAUGCAAAACGGAUUGGAAUCACAAAAUCAGGAUCAUUAAAGAUUCAUAACCUUGAAGCAAGAGAUAUUGGCGUGUACAGUUGUAUUGCAGGGUCUAUUCGAGACACAUUUGUCCUCAAACUGAUUGGCAAUGACAAUAGAUUAGUUGAACCACCCUCCUCCACUAAAGCAAAAAUGAGACAAAGCAUUGGGCCAGAGAAGAUGAAUCACAAUGAAUCUAACAGACUGGAAGAUAAAUGGAGUCAAAUGAGCAAGAUGUGGCAAAGUUGGAGCAAAAAAAAUGAAUUUUAUGUGGAUGGUAGCCAAAUGGAUGAUAAUGUUUUCCUGCGUCUACUUGGAAAUCAUCUGAUUUCUCGAGGAAAGAUUAACUUUGCGGAUUUGUAUGGUUCUCAGGAGCUUUAUGAUAAGCAUCUUGAAAGUUCCAUUUUCCAAGGAGCCUACAGCAUGGAUACUGCACAGUUCGAAGAGAUCUUACGAAAUAUAAGCCUGUGGAUUGAAUCCGGUGAACUACCUGAAGCUUUUGCGUCACAGCUCAUGUACCAAUUAGCAGCUGAGGUGUCCAGACCACAGGCAACUCUGGAGAAAUGGAGGGCACCUCUUGAUGAUAAUGCAACGAACUCAAAAUUUUUAGACAAAACCCAUAACACAUCAGAAACAUCCAUCAAUAAAGAUACCCAUCAACAGAGGGAGAAACAGAAGCCUCCUAUUAUUGUGAGAAAGAAGCAAGCUCCUGUGCUGCCUCAGAGAGAUGUCGCUAUAACAAUUGGAACACUGGCAUAUCUGGCAGAAAAUAUUUCCAGUGUAACACUGGUUUGUGAAGCUGUUGGAGUUCCUGAGCCAGAGGUCACUUGGACGAAGGAUGGAGUACCAGUAAAAUUUAAUAAAAGGACGUUACUGCUUGAUCCUGCAAGACUUCAGAUCCAGAAUGUCAUAAGCCAGGAUGCUGGCCUUUAUGGAUGUACAGUGAGCAGUGAACUUGGAACAGAUACUGAAACCUCGUUACUACUGUAUUCAGAAGCCCCAGUUAUUGGAUCUUCGAGCAAAAAUGUCACAAAUCUUGCAACAUGGCAUCUAACUGCAGUUGUCGGGAGUGCUUUAUUUGUCAGACUUGGGGCAACGAUCACCAUUACUUGUCCCGUUGUAGGUAUGCCUGAACCAAAGGUUAUAUGGCGAAUGAGGGGUGGCUUGUUGGGUGGCAAUUCUGUUCUCCUUCAGAACGGCUCUCUGGUGCUGAAGAAUGUGACACUUGCAAAUCGUGGAACUUAUGAUUGCAUUGCCACAAAUGAAAUUGGACAAGCCACUGCAUCCACGUUUCUGAAACUAGCUGAGCCAAGAACUGCUCUUCCGUUUAUAGCAAACCAUCAACUUAAAGAAAGGAAGCGUGUCUUAAUGGCAUCACAAGCUGGCUCUCCAAUUACAGUUAAACAAGGAGAUGUAUUCCGUAUAGGUUGUCCAGUGUCUGCUAAACACAAAAUGAUCAUCAGCUGGUAUUUUGGGAAUCAAUCCAUUCAUUCAGUCCUGGGACUUGAAUAUAAAGUGUUGGCUCGGGGGCGUGUCCUUGAAGUGAACACAGCCUUUAAGAGGUUGGCAGGGCAGUACAAAUGUCUGGCAUCCAAUGAUACUCAGUUGCUUUCUGCCUCAGUGAAUGUGAGCUUCAUAGAUUUCAUGUGGGCGCCCGGCAACUGGGGUGCCUGCACUGCAACCUGUGGCAAUGUAGGAGUCCAACAACAGAAACUGCUCUGCCUGAAUACGAAUGGAAUUGAGGUGAAUGAGUCAGCAUGUUAUGAACUUCCCAAACCUCCCUUGCUGACUGAACCAUGCAACACUCAGGAUUGUCCAGCCAGGUGGGUUGCGACGACAACGUCAGGCUGUUCAGUCUCGUGCGGGAAAGGAAUCCGCCAGCGACGAGUGACAUGCGAGCAAUUAACGGCUACUGGAACAGUAAAAACAUUAUCUCCAGCAUAUUGUGCAGACAGCACAGAACAGCCCGCUGAAGUAGAGGAUUGCUUAUUGCAGCCUUGUGUAGGGUGGAGCAGUCCAGCGUGGGGACAGUGCUCUGGUCGUUGUGUGGGUCACAAUAUUGCAGUACAACAUCGCCAAAUUGUAUGUCAAUAUACAAAUGGAACUUCAGCCACAGAGAUUGCCUGUGACAAAGCCAAGAGGCCUGCCCCUGCCAGAAAAUGUAAGUCAAGUAAAUGUAACGUGGAGUGGAGAAUGGGACCGUGGAGACAGUGUGCAGCAACAUGUGGAAUUGGUUUCCAGUCUCGCCGUGUCACUUGCAUCCACAAGAGAAGUAAUGAGACUGUGGCUGAUCAGUAUUGUGGAUGGAAGAAACGACCAACUACAUGGCAACGUUGUAAUCUAACCUCUUGUGACACUUCAGAAGGAGGAUGUCUGGAUACAACACGCUACUGUGCACUUGUCAAAAGACUGAGGCUGUGUCAUCUGAACACCUACAAGCAGAGAUGCUGCGAAUCCUGCAGAAUGCUUUAAGUAAUGUAAACCACCCUCCAAUGGAUCAUAAUCAAUCUGUCAUAGACUGUGAAGUGAUUUAUACAGAACUUCAUGUUGGUGAACUGACUGCAGUUGAACAUGGUGCAAGUUGAACAAGAAGGAUAUUUUUAAUAUUGUUGUAAAUCUGCUUGUACAUACAGAAAUUCACAAAAUGUGUCCUUGAUAUUUGUUAUAUUAGUCAAAUGUGUACUGGUUGAAUUUUAAAGCAAGAGCUACUCAGCAGUUCUGCUUUUGUGGAUUUGUUGUGUUUUACUGUUUGUGUUUUUCUCCCAAGUUAUGAGAUAUCUGCUUAUUUACAUCACAGGAGUUAAUAUGGGAAUUAUUUACUUGGAGCCAGAACUUUCUCUGAAUGUCUGAGUGAACUGAAGUUUUGCAUUUUCACAGUGCAGAUCAGGGAAAGCUUUCAAACCAAGUGAAUUAUUAAUCAGUGUAUAUCCCUUUUAAUUACAGUAACUCAUUUUCAAUUCACAUUGGGCAAAAUAGUGAAGUUUGCAGUUCAGAUACUUAGACAAAAACAUGGAGUAUCCAGUCAUUUAAUCUUUUAACUUGUAGAUGCUAGGAUCAGUAGUGAAUUUCUGACUGUGUGAACAUUAGAGGAAAUUGAGAAAACUGUCUUCCCAGCAGGAAUUCCCCACCUGUUGGAAAUGCAGUUAGAGAAUUGACUUAUCAUGUUAUAGUUUAUCCAUCCUUUCUCCUUUUAAGAAUGCAUUUUCCUCACAAUGAAAACAUUGAAUUUACUCUAUCAUUGUAAAGAAAUAUCAUAUUCACCUACAGAUAUAGCAUGCUUGGAGCAUACACUUAAAGGCUGAUCUCACUGAGUGUCUUUGGCUGCAGUAUUCUAUUCUUAUUUCAGGCAAGUCAUUUAUCUGGAAGGUGUCUCCUGCUGCAAUGACUAAGUUAUAAUGUGGUAUAUCUUCUAGUUUUAUGCAUCGUCUCAAGAUGCUCCUUUGAUGGAAAAGUAGGAAAAUGCCAUUAGUAAAAUAUUUAGUAAUGGUUAGUUGUAAUAUGUAAUUAGUGGCACAAGUGCAUUUUUCAUUGCACUUCAUAUAUAGAAGGAAAUAUUCAAAAAAUGCAAAAACCUCCCUGCCUCUGGAGAGUCUCAACCACUUUCAGAUAUACUGCUAAUGGUUGACCUUUUGCUGUUAACUUAAUAUUGCUGCAGAGACUUGAGGCCUCCGCUUUGCACAGAUAUGUAAUUCAUAUAAUUCCCAGGGCUAAAACAGGUUAGAAUCAGUGUGUGGGAAAUUUUUUUAUGGUAGUUCAUUAUAAAAAGCACAUGCAGAAAAUGAUUCUCGUCACUAGAAGGGCAAGCUGUGCACUGUAUUUCUGACAAUUUCAGUAUAGAGUAUUUAUGGUGAGUAUUUACAUAUAAAAAGUUACUAUACAGUGAUUCAUUCAUUAUAAGCUCCAAACAGUAAUUAAAAAUGCUGUGUUCCUACUUUCGAAAGUCUCCUGAAGAAGUGACUAAUAUGAUUGAAUUCAUUGUACUCAGACACUUCAGUUUCUGUCUGUAUUACAGUUAAAAUUCAGGGAUCACCUGAAAAAGCAAUUGAGAUUUCUUAUUAACUCUUCGUAAAUUACCAUUUUAAAUAUAUGGAAUUUCUGUCACCUUACCCAUUUGUCCUUCGAGUAUUGCUGAAAAUAGUUUUUGGCAACAGCAUGAGUGAUGAACUCUCAAAAAGGUUCAAAUUACAGUGAUAUUUGCAAUGGUCUGUAACUUUUUCACUUUACGUAUCCCAAUUUUCAAGUAUUUUCAUCUUCUGUUUUCAAAAUUUUUCUUAGUCCAGAACAAUUCUUCAGUUAAGGGAGCAAUUCCCAAAAGUGAAAUGAAGGUCCAACAUGAAUUUCUGAAGAAUUCAUAAAAUGAUAACUCUGUUUCUGUCCCCACAGAUGCAGCAGACCUGCUGAGUUUCUUCAGCAUUCUGUAUUUUUAUUUCAGAUUUCCUGCAUCCACAGUAUUUUGCUUUUCUAAGAAAUGUUCUGUUACUCUUUGGUCUUUCCUGAUCAUUUUUGGAAUUUCACUCCUCAUCUGUCACCCUGCCACCGCCACCUAGCAAUGCUCGGAUGCUUACCGAAAGUAUUGGAGAAACUCAGCAGGUCUGACAGCAUCUUUGAAGAGAGAAACAAAGUUAAUGUUUUGAGUCAAAUAUGACUUCUUCAGAGCCAGUUCCGUAGAAGAGUCAUAACUGUUCAGUCUGUUUCCACAGAUGCUGCCAGAUUCGCUGAGUAUCUCCAUUUUCUGUUUUUCUUUCAGUUUCCAGCAUCCAUAGCAUUUUGCUUUGAUUUGAGUGUUCAGAUACUUGCUGUCAGAAGAACAGGUUCUGAUCUCCCUCAUCUCUUUAGCACAUAUCGGUGCACCAAUGCUGUGUGUUGUUGUGCAUAAUAUAGAGCUGAAAUAGUCAAGUACAUUUGUAUCAUUAAUAAUAAGACUAUAUGCUCCUUAAUUUAAGCCCUAAGCAUUGAUUCAUACACAGCUCAUGUGCAGCUGUUGGGGCUUUAUUAAAAUGCAUACUCUGGCUACAAUAAAGAUGACAGAAUAUUUAUUUUUAUUCUCCAUCCGAGUCAAGUGUGAAAUGGAAAUUUUUAAAUAACGUAGCAGAGUAAAAUAUUGCUAGACUUAUGUUUCCUAAUAUUAGAAGUCAGUCUUGAAGAGCUAUGUAUAAAUUUCAAUAUCGUACAAAACCAGGAUAUCAGGAGUAAUUUCUGAGUCUUGCAAGAAGUCCCAAUUACCAUUAUGAACAAAAUUUGAAGCAUAAUCCCAAAUCUGGAUUUUCCAAUUUAUAAAGCAGUAAUUAUCGCAAUAUUCCAAAAUAGGUUUGUACAAUUUGGGAUUUUGUUGUUAGUUACUAAAAUAAUGUAAAAUCUGCAUAAGUGGGGAGGAAAUAUAUAAAAAGGGAUUUACAUUACUAUGUAGUAAAUGCAUGGUUACAAAGUAAUCAUAAAGGGUGUUAAUUUAGACAUUUAUGAUAAAUUAGAAUGUCAGUACUGAAAGAUUCCUGUAACAGUAACAAAUAAUUAAAGUAUGUGUUCAGCAAUAACAUAUCUUUGUGUUGAUUUUAACAGUAUUAUAGGCGAUGGAAAACAUUUAUUGUCUGAUGAGUGCUCCAACUAUGUUCCUGUAUACAGCUGUUUUAAGUUGGUCUUUAUCAUAAAUAUGAUACUUGGUACCUGGAGUGAUAGCCUCUAAUUUUACAUUGUCUGAUCAUUAAUGGGUCUUGGCCUUUUGCAAAAGGUUGUGCGUAAAUUAAAGAAAAAUAAUUGUAACAUAUUUACUUGUACAUAUUUAUUUCCUGUCAAGUGCAAUACUGAAUGCUGUAUAUUGUGUGUCAUAAAGAAUAUUUUUGUUGGGACUUUUAUUUUUUACUACCAAACUUUGGUUUUGAAUUGCUUUUCACUUUCUAUUUAUACUUAAAAUGCUUAUAGCUUCAUCAAGCACUUGCCAAUUUUGUCUAAGUUGCUUCCUCCUCCUUCAGACAUAGAAAUGCAUGUUGCUUGAAUUAUCCCAAGAUCAGGCUUUAUGCCUAUUUACUUACAGUUGCGCUAUAAUGUAGGGGUGUCCAAACUGUAUUGGAAAACAGAUCUGCAAAAACUAGUUGACUCAGUUUUAUUUGCACUUAUGUAUCUUACUUGUAAGUUUAUCUGGUUAGAAUUCUGUGGUCCUGGGGAUUUGAAAAUGAUUAGAUCUAGAGAUGGAUCAGUUCUGAAGUAGGACACCACCAUCUGACAGUCUCCGCUCUUGACACGGCUGCACAUAUUCUUCUGCUCUUCAUUAAUUCCUAGUGCACAAAUUUAGAUGGUUUUUCCUUGUGUUAAGAACCUUACUUUGUCCAUCCUGUUUUUGCUACACCUCUACAACUCACCUUUCCACUUCAAAGGCACUAUAUCAAUGCAAGCUAUUUUGUUAUUUUUUUGUGCAAACAUACAAAAUUAGAUCCAAAGUAGUACAAUCAUGGGUGAUCUUGUUGUAUCUUGAAUUCCACCUUCCCAGAUAACUUCGAUUUUUUUUUGUCUACCUCUGCCUUAAAAGUCACUCCACUUCCACUGCCUUCAGCUACGGAGAGUUCCAAUGUCACACAAGCCUUUGAAAGAAAAAAUAUUGCCCCUCAUCUGUGUUGUAAAAUGGCAGUCUCUAAUUUUAAGCCAGUGCCUCCUAGUGGACUCAAAUGUUUGGCUUCAAAUCUUCACAGUAUAAAUGACGAGAUGUUUGGACACCCCUGGUAAUAACAUGGAGCAACGUUUGGUGGUUUGUGUCUAAUGUUUCCAACAUUGCACAGCCCCUUACAGUUAGUUGUGAUGCCAGAGGCAAUAUUCAUAUAUUUUGUUAAACUUGCCUCUGCUUAAAGAAUUUCAAUAAACCCACAUUGUAUUGCAAAUAUAUAAUCAUGAAAACAAUAUUUGUGCUGUGUAUGUUAUCCAAAUUUGUUGUGAUUUUUUUUAAUUGCAGUUUAAUAAAAUUGAACUUUUAACCACAAA